AUGGCUCAAGCCAGUUGGGCCCAGGGCCGCGUGAUCGGUCUGCUCAUACCAGGACGCCCCAUGGAGCCCAUGCUCUGCCCUGCGACGCGGCCGCCGGGCCGCCCCCAGCGGCGCGGCCGCCAGCGCCGCGUGCUGCCGCCAUCCGCCCGGUGUGCGCGGCGCUGGACGAAGGCCGCCCUGGCAGCCGCGCUCGCGCUCGGCGCAGCCGUGGGGGGGCGGACCGCCGCCGCCGUGGGCGGAGACCCCCUGGGACAAGGGCCCGCUCUGCGGAGGCUCAGGCGUUCGCUGCUGGCCGCCGCUGCGGCGGCGCCGGCGCGGGGCAUGGGCGUGGCCAGCGCCACGCCAGGGCCGUCGCCGCAGGAGGCCGCGGCAGCGGCGGGGGCGGUGGAGCCCACCGCCGACGACGUGGCACUGGUGCAGCGCGCCUUCGCCACGCUGGCCGCGGACCCCGCCCGGCCUGGGGCGCGGGAGGCCUUGGAGGCCGCCGAGGCCGACUUCACGCGCGCUAUCGCCCGUUGGGAGGGCCCUCUUCGCGGCACGCCCGGCGACCGCGUGCAGCUGCGGCUGGGGCGCGCCCAGGCUCGCAUCACGAUCAACGACACCACGGGCGGCAAGAUGCCAGAGAAGGCGGAGGCUGCCGUGGAAGAUUUCGACGAGGUGUUGCGGCUGAUGGAGGCCGACAUGAGCGGCGCCGUCGGCACUUUCGACUACCCGAGCGUAUACGUGCGCCGAGCACUAGCGAAGGAGGAAAUCGCGUAUGGCCGGAAGGACAGGUCCCAGUGGGCUGGCGCAGCAGAAGACUACACGCGUGCCAUAGACCUGUGGCGUGACGGCAUCAAAGAUUCCCGCACAGGCCCCCAGCUCGGCGUCAACCCAAUGGUGCUGAAUUUUCGCGGUAACGCACUGAGCCAGCUCGGGCGAUUCGAGGACGCUCUGGCAGACUACCAGGAGGCCACCAAGAUCUUCGUCAAGGACGGGGAGUGGCAGACAGCGGCCCUGUCACGCAGCAACGAAGGGCUUGCUCUCUUCGGGGCGGGCCGGCGGAGCGAGGGCGUCGCGCGGAUGGAGCUCGCCGCGCUCAAAGAUCCUGCCAUGGUGGACCCACACGUCGCGCUCGCGGCGGCGUACUGGGCGAGCGGAGACGUCGGGCGGGCCGAGGAGCAGUGGCAGGCCGCCUGCGAGAAGACGGGUGAAGGUUGCAGCCGGUACAAGGACCUUGACUGGGUGAAGAACAUCCGGCGUUUUCCCUCGACCCUCGUGAGCGACCUCGGCGGCUUUCUGCGGCGGCAGCUCCCGACCGGAGCGGAUCAGCCCGGCUCUCGAUUGAGAUGA